AUGAAUACUGGAGGCACUGCAUCACGCUGGACGAGAGUAUUGUCGUUCCUACAGCAUGCGAUCGGGCCCGAGAGCAUCAAGGGCGGGAACCAAGCAGCAGCGACGAGCGUUCUCGAUCGCGAUCAGGGCGGGUCUCCUCCGCCUAGCAGUGGGCUGUCGGGCGAGCAGCUGGCAGUGACGGGGAUAAAAAACCUUGGAAACACGUGCUUCCUAAACGCGGUCUUGCAGUCCCUUGCGAGCUUUCACGUCUUCAGGGAAUACCUGGAGGAGCUCUACAACUGCAAUCAACGCGAGCGAGAGCGAGAGCGCGAUUCGGACAAGGUCUGUCAUGGCGCAGAAUCAGUGAGCAUUUGUAAACACACGGAGGCUCCCGAUGGGCCUAUCGUUCUGCCCUUGUGUGCGGCAUGUUUUCAUCUGUUGUUGCCCUUUGAUGCCGAAGACUAA